AGCUUUUGAAGUAUGAUUUUGAAAAGGAGGGUCCUAAUUUUAAUGGUUAGAUGAGGUUGGGGGGAGGGGGAGAAUGCUAUUAUGUGAUCAAAGUUCCAAAUAAUGGGGUCUGUUCAAAUAAAUUAAUACCAAAUUAGCAACUUUCAAUCGAACAGUCAGCAGAUACGCACAGCACCUCAUCUUGUACCACUUGCUGCCAACCUAUAGCAAUCAAAGCUGCCUCUCUCUCCCUCUCCCUCUCCCGCUUCCGACGGUUUCCUUAUUGAAAGCACCCAGAUCCGCCUUUUUUUAAUCCCUAAACUCCCAAGAAUCCUUUCGUAAUUCAUGGACGAAGAACGUAAUGAUUGUUUGGUUGCCUAUGUUUCUGAUCCGAAAGAGGAGGAAGCCAUUUAUGAUUAUGAAAGACUUCAUGGAAAUCAAGGAAAUGCAUACCCGGAAGCGAGAUAGUCAUGACACGACCGGUGAAGCAAGAAGCUGCAGACGGAUAAGGACAACAAAGAAUAAUCUUCAUUUCCAAGUUGAGAUUACAUCAUCAGUUAUGGAGCGGGCAGAAGAGAUUCAGGCAAAUCUCGCUACACAGUUUCCCAGCUUUGUCAAACCAAUGAUUCGAUCUAAUGUCACAGGAGGCUUCUGGCUGUCACUUCCAAAGUUAUUCUGCAAGUUGCAUUUGCCAAGUUGUGACAUAAAGAUUACUUUAGUAGAUGAGAGCAAUAAAGAAUACUACACAAAAUACCUGCCUGAGAGGAGAGGACUUAGUGCUGGAUGGCGGGGAUUUUCGAUUUCACAUAAUUUAGAAGAAGGUGACAUAUUGGUUUUUCAUCUUGUAGGAGUAUGCAAAAUGAAGGUUUACAUAGUGAGAGCAAACCAUUUUAGUGCAGUGGAUGCAGCUGUCAGCCUUCUGCACUUACAAGCUUGUGCAGAUGUAGUGAACCAUGCAGAGCACUUCAAGGAGGGUAGGACUUCCCCGCAGGUUCCAGAAAAGCUUUUAAGACCUCCAUCCCAAGAGAUGUUAUGUUCAAAUUUCGACAAGUUUGAAGAAAGUUUCAAGAGUAAGCCAGUGUCGAAUGAUUCUCGGAAUAUCAGCAAAAAUAUUGUCUGCUUUAGAAGCGUAGCUGCGGUACAUUGAAGAGAAAAGCUGAUUCAAUUGAGAAAGCGCCUCCGUGGAUGUAGAUGAGGACGGGCAAUUUGGUGUCAGGUGUGAUGGUUUUGGGGAGGAAAAUCCUGGCGGAGACAUUGUUUCCAGGGGAGAUGACGACGUCUCUGGAGAUAACGCCGGUAUGGGGAUCGGUGGAUGGGGGAAUGAAAUCAUGCUCAAAGUAUCUUUGGAUGCGACCAGUGGUGAGGACGCGGAAGAAAGGUGGGAAGUCGUGAGUUAGUUGGGUAUCCAUUUCCGGCGAAGUACAAAGCGGGGUUGGUGAGAUAUACUGACAGCCAUGGCCAUGAGAGAGAGAGGGGGUAUUUUAAAUAAGAAUUUCUUGACUAAAAGCAUGUGCCAUGCCCCUCAUA